AAUUUCAGCGCUCACGCAGAGAUGAGGAGCGCUGCUCCCUGAUGAGAAGGAACCUGGCUGCAACGCUGGCAGUCCGGCUCCAACUGCUCAGGCUGGGGGCACCUUUUGUGGACUGAAGUUUCAGAAAGGUCAAACAAAGCUGAUUGGUUGGCCCAAUUCAACCAGCACCAAGUUCUACCACUGGUCUGGAUGUUGUGAAAGGAAACGUGACACUUUAUAUACACGCACACAUAUAUGUAUAUACACUGUACCUGAGUUUGUUGGUAGUGAGCUAUCAUAUACGCUCAAGAAUGUUUCAGACGUUUAAAGACUGGUUUUGGUUGGAAAGAUUCUGGCUUCCUCCAGCAAUAAAGUGGUCAGAUCUUGAAGAUCAUGAUGGACUCGUCUUUGUAAAGCCCUCUCAUUUGUAUAUGACAAUUCCGUAUGCAUUUGGCUUGCUGAUUAUCAGACAUUUCUUUGAAAAAUUUAUUGCCACACCUCUAGCAAAAGCAUUUGGCAUCCAAGAGGAAGUUCGAAAGAUUAUACCAAACACUGUGUUAGAGAAUUUUUUCAAACAUUCUUCAAGGCAGCCAUCUGAAGAUGAUAUUUAUGGACUGGCAAAGAAGUGUAACUUGACAGAGCGCCAGGUUGAAAGAUGGUUUCGGAGUCGGCGGAAUCAAGCGAGGCCUUGCAGGAUGAAGAAAUUCCGGGAGGCUUGCUGGCGAUUUGCAUUUUACUUAAUGAUUACUAUUGCUGGAAUUGCAUUUCUUUAUGAUAAACCUUGGGUAUAUGACCUCGGAGAGGUGUGGAAUGGGUAUCCCAGACAGCCCUUGCUACAAUCCCAGUACUGGUACUACAUCCUGGAGAUGAGUUUUUAUUGGUCUCUCUUAUUUAGCCUGGGCUCUGAUGUCAAGAGGAAGGAUUUUCUAGCUCAUGUCAUCCACCACCUGGCUGCUAUUAGUUUGAUGAGCUUCUCUUGGUGUGCUAAUUAUAUUCGCAGUGGGACCCUGGUCAUGAUUGUGCACGAUGUGGCAGACAUUUGGCUGGAGUCUGCUAAAAUGUUUUCUUAUGCUGGAUGGAAGCAGACCUGCAACACCCUGUUCUUCAUCUUUUCUGCCAUAUUUUUCAUCAGCCGUCUCAUCAUUUUUCCCUUUUGGAUUUUGUAUUGCACGCUGGUUAUACCUAUGCUCUACCUCGAGCCUUUCUUCUCCUACAUCUUCCUCAACCUGCAGCUCAUGGUCCUUCAAGUUCUUCACCUUUACUGGGGUUACUUCAUCCUGAAGAUGCUCAAAAGAUGUAUAUUCACGAAGAACAUCCAGGAUGUGCGGAGCGAUGACGAGGAUGAGUACGAAGAAGAGGAAGAAGACGAGGGGAAGGACAAGGCCACCGAAGGCAAAGAGAAGGACUGCGUGAAGAACGGCCUCGGGGCCCACAGGAGCCUCAUCCCCAACGGUCAGCAUGGCCGCUAGCUUGAAGCCCACCUAGGUCCUGGGGACCGUGUGUGACAAGGGCUGCUGGAAGCCAGAGGCGCUGCCCCCGUCACCGUGGCCCACAGGACUCACAGGGACCCCAGAUUCUACCUUCCCUCUUUCUAACUCCCCCUUAAGAUGUAUUUAACAACAUGUUGUUGGAUUGUGUUAAAAUGUUAAAUAUAAGCAUACCCAUGGGUUUACUGCAGUUAGGACUCAGACUGGUCAAAGAUUUCAAAGAUUUCUCCAGAGAACCGUUUCGGUUCUGAUUGUGUUCAUUCAUUGGAGACGGUGGCGUUUUCAGGAGCUCACUUCGUUGUAGGCCGUUUUGCUCCCUGCCUUGCCCAUCCUCAGAGAGAGCAAGAAGUGCUAAGUUAACCCACUUUCUCUAGAUGUGUUUGGCCACAGAUUACAGCUCAUUUCUCAAAAAUGACUUAGAGGUAGCAAGGGAAUAGGGGCACAAAGACCAAACCAGGAGACCUGGCUUCCCAGGCGCAGGGGCCACUUUCUGCCAUGGGCCUUUUUUAAACCUUCCAAGCCUUGGUGCCUCAUCUUUCCAUUGGGAAAAACACCUGGCCCACCUACCUCACAGGGCUGGAGUAAGGCUCCAGUGACAUAAUGGAAGCAAAAGUGCUUACUGUCAACUCUGAUGCCAUUGUUACCUGACCCACUUUUCACAAGAUUCCAGCUCUGUUUGGGGGAGAGAAACUGGCUAAGCCUGGCAGUGAAUGGGCCUGAAGGAAAGACACUGUCUUAGAAAAAUCCCCAUUAAAUGUGUCUGGAGAUACCUGGAAAUGCAAAUACCCAGAACGCUGUUUCUGUUUUACUUGGAAGCUCUUUAUUUGUUAGCUCCCAGGGGUAAUCCUCAAAUUCCCUGGGAAUUCUCCUCCCUCAGGCCCAAUGGCCAAAGGGACAAGGGGUUUGGGCCCUAUUUCUUUUUGUUUUUUGCUGAUCUCUCAUUCUUUUCUUCUCUAAAAGGAAAGCUUUCCUGCUGCUGCCCUGAGCCCUUCCUUCUGGCCAGCAGAGCUACCCAGCAGGUCAUAGGUCCCACGUGGGGCCUGUGGGGGAGUCAGACAGGUCAGGUUGGUCACUGAGCCAUGAUCACCCAGGAAGCCUGAGUCUCUGGGAAUAUAUGACAUGCACAUGAGCUCCUGGCCAAAAGGAAAUCUAGGAAACAGCAGGAGGAUGCUACACAAUUCAUCUCUGCUUUCCAACCCACUCAGACUGCAAAAUAGUAAAAGAGAACCAAAGAAAGGCUGAAAAAUACCCCUGAAACUGUCCAAGGACAGGUGCUAGAGUCAGUGACAGCUCCUGGGGCCACCUGCGUCUCUGGAAGGAUAGAGAGGGCCUAGGGGCUCAGUAGCUGCUCUUGUCCCCACAGGGGGCACACCUCCUGAGCCCAGCAUGCUGGGAGGCCUGGGGGACUUCUUAGGUUUCCACUGACUAAGGAGAGACAGAGCUGGCAGAAGAAGAGCCUGAGCAGCAUAUGCACCCCUACCCCCACCCCAGUUUCUCAUAUUUUUUGGUCACACUGUACACCUUCGUCUUGUUUCACUCAGGGCCCGUAUUUAAAGCCAAGGGACAGCUAGGACUAUGGGCAUCAGUAAAGCGUCCACAUAGGCUCCACCGACACGGGCUGUGGCCCCUGGGGCAGGACGGCACUGUGCGCAGUAAAGGUAUCUGAAUUUUUUGUUUAUUACUAAAAAGAUGUUUUUAAAACCUCCAGGUUAAACCAAAACCCUUUAGAAUUCUUCCCCCAACCGAUCUCCUUUUGAGGAAUCACUAGAACAACAGAAAAGUAUGUGUCACGUUUUCUCUACAUAAUAACAUUUGCUUUUAUGAGUACAGUGCAUUAUAGAUAUAAUGUUAUAUUAUAAUAUAAAGUGCCUCCACUCACUUAAGGGCAUAGUUGCUGAGUUAUUAUUGUUUUGGUGGAAGGAGAGCACACUAAGAUAUUGUUUUUUAAUGUUUUUAGGUAGAAAAAUAGCAGAGUAUUUUUUCUUUGAUUUAUUUUGGUCUUGUCUCUGUACCAAAUAUCUUCUUGCUUAAGGUAAAAAUUUGUGUAUUUGCUUCUCUACCCUCCAGUUCUUUUUUUCUUAUUUGAAUGUUGAAGGUGAAAUUGAUAUGCCAGUUUCAACCAUCUCUAAUACAGCUAGAAGCACUAACCUGCCUCUCAAUAGGUAGAUAGGCAUGUUUGUAACAUACUUUAGGGCUUUCAUGGUUGGUUUUAAAGUAACCUCUCUAUCUAUAGGAAACAAGGGCUCAUACUAUGCCAGAUGACUUUAAAGAAAUGUAGUUCACUGUGCCACCUAUAUUGUUUUAAUGGUAAUGACUUGUAGUGAAAUAAAGACAGGAUCCAGCAUA